GCUUUGUAUGUGAUGAACUCUACUUGCACCAGAGUCUUAUAACACCAAAAUUCUUCUUUAUUUAAUAAAGAGACCAAAGGAAACACAGCAUCCUCAUUCUCAUUGAAGGGAGCCUCUUAUUUCACAAGUUGGCGUUUCAGUUUAAAGAAAUAUAUGAGUAAGAAAGAUCCGAAUAACAAAAUUGCAAGAGAAAGGCCCGGAAAAGAUGCAGUUAUCAUCACUUACUAUGUCGAAUCGUCCACCAUUCAAUCCAACCUUAAUAAACCGAAGCCAAGCCCUUUUCAUAAGAAAGCUCAAGCAACAAGAAACCGUGGCUACGAUCGCAGGGCGGAGCUUUUAGCCUAUGCAAAUGAUUUGAGAGUUUCAGGUCCCCGGAAGGUGCAUUGGUCCAGAGGGUUUUCCAGAUGCAAGACUAGCAAGUGGAAAUUUUCAAUUACACCGGCAAAACUCCGAUCAUUUUUUAAAAUACGGAUUUUCCAGCGACGACGAAAGGAGUAUGGCUUAAUCACAGAUGUUAAGAAGAGGAAGAAGAACAACUCUGGGACAAGCAAUGCUACUGACAUCUGUAGGAAAUUGAAGCGUUUGCUGAAAGAAUUACCGUAUGGUUGUCAGUGCUACAAGGGCAAUUCUUACAAGUAGAAGUUGAUGGGGAGACUCUGAGCGUCCAUUCCAUAGCAGAUAUGCUGGUUGUGUUUUUCAGGUGCAAAAUACGGAGUCAGUUGCAUGAAUACUGGGUCUUAUAUUUUUUUAAUGUUGAUCCAUUUAUUGUGAUUUGUUACACAAAACUAUGAAAGUAAGAUCCGUUUCUUACUCCCUUCCAUC